CUUCUUCAUUCCAAUGCACGCGGUUCUUUGAUCGGAUUCAGGAAUCGUUCUUUCAUCAGUACAUUGUCCGCUCGCUCUCUGGGCCUCCCUUCAUGGAAAUGGAGGAAAGUGUUGGGAAUUCAAAGAGCAAUAGCCGGUUAAGUUUCAAGACUUCAAAGGAUGGAUCGAAACAGGAGAAAGAGGAAGUGAUCGAUAUGGAUAAGCUACACAGGAUUAACCAAGAGAAGGUCUCGGCGUGGACAAUGAAAGGGUUGAUCGACGUGAUUAGCGGGUCUAGGCUAUCCAUGGGCGACCUCAACCGCGGGGAUGAUGACGAGGAGGGAGAGAAACAACAGACUGAGAUCAGUAGUGAGUGGGGUGCUAAAGCUGCUGCUUAUCAGAUAUUCAGAAACGUAGCUAAGCCCGGAUACAAGUACAUUGAGGAAGAGGACCUCUUGCGCUUCAUGAAAAAGGCGGAUGUCGACAAUGCGCUUCUGUUGUUUGAAGGAGCAGCAGAAACCGCAAAGAUCACCAGGUCAUCGCUGAAAAAGUGGUUGGUGAAGGUUUACGAAGAACGCAAGUCGCUGGCUCAUUCCUUAAACGAUACGAAGACCGCCAUUGAAGAGCUGAACAGGCUCGCAUCUGGGGUUGUGUUCAUAGUGAUCAUCAUAGUCUGGUUUUUGGCGAUGGGACUUUUGACAACCCAAGUGCUCCUGUUCAUCUCAUCACAGCUUCUCGUGGUGGUGUUCGUAUUCGGUAACACUGCAAAGGCUGUUUUUGAAGCAAUCAUAUUUGUAUUUGUGAUGCAUCCGUUUGACGUGGGUGAUCGUUGCGUAAUCGAUGGAGUUCAGAUGGUGGUUGAAGAAAUGAACAUCUUGACAACAGUCUUCCUGAGAUAUGACAACGAAAAGAUUUACUAUCCGAAUUCAGUUCUGGCAACAAAACCCAUCAGCAACUUCUACAGGAGUCCGGAGAUGAGCGAUUCCAUGGAAUUUGCCGUCGAUUUCUCCACUUCAAUUGAGAGCAUCGGAGAUAUGAAAGCUAAAAUAAAAGCGUAUCUGGAGAGCAAGCCUCAGUACUGGCGUCCCGGCCACAGCGUCUUGGUCAAGGAGAUUGAAGAUGUGAACAAGAUGAAGAUGGGUCUCUAUGUCACUCACACCAUAAAUUUUCAGAAAUCCGGGGAUCGCAAUAGCAGGAGAUGUGAGCUGGUUCUGGAGCUCAAGAAGAUAUUCGAGGAGCUCGGGAUUAAAUACCGCCUGCUGCCUCAGGAAAUCCGCCUCAGCAACAUCGGCUCGCCACUAGCCUCAGCUGCAGCCGGUCCGACCUGACUUGCCUUCUCUGCGCAAUCAGCAGCUUGGCACAGGACGAUCAUGUCUGCAGCGGGCGGGUACUUUCUUUAGUAGUCAUUAGGACUUAUGAAAAAGUUCGAAGUGCUUGAGUUUCAACAACGGGGGAUUCGGGAUCUCGUCUGCUCAAAUGUUUGGUUUAGCGGCAACUGCAUCCUCAUACCGUCCUUUCCAAUCAAAGACAUUCUCGAUAGCAGCCGGUCAUGAACUGUUUCCGUGAACAGAAGCGUCUCGACAACAUUGGGUGACAAAAGAUCACGUUGCCAUUCAUCCUUGCCUACAGACGACAUGUUCGAGCACGAUUUCUUGUCUUAGUUCUGAUUUUGCGUGCGAUGUU